AUUUCCCAUGACAUUUCAGAACGCUUCAAAAUGUCCUCAGCUAUCAGAGAUGCAGAUCAAGUUGCACAAGGAUAAACAAACAACUGUUGUAAUUCAGGCAGAAAAUCUUCCAUCUGUUAACAAGACACUUUACACAUGUACCGUGAGUAAUAUGCCAGGUAUCGUCAGUGAAGUUAACAGUACAGAAGUCAUCUGUGAGGUUAAGGUUUCCAUGUCUGGUAAUGUCACAGUAACAUAUAAAGGAAAAAACAUUGACCACAAUGGAACUGUAGCCUCAAAAGUGUACACUUGUGAGAACCUAGCCACGGCGUGCAGCUCCUGUGUCUACCUCAAUACCCAGGGUUACCAAUGUGACUGGGACCUCAGUACCAAGAAGUGUUCCUAUAAUACAACAAAAAUGGCGGAUUCAUCAAAGUGUCCUCCUCCAAAUAUAAGCAUGAUUUCCCCACGCAAUGGCACCAUUUCUGGGCGGACAUCUUUGACCAUUCACGGUACAGAACUGGGAAGCAUUGUCACGGACAUUAACAUCACUGUGUCUGGAAGGCAGUGCGAAAUCAACAAAUUUAGCUUCAAUCCUCCGCAGUGGAUCCAGUGCUACACUGGGAAAAUUGACACGGAAACAGAGGGUGGUCAAGUCAUCGUCACCAGGAACAGUAAACAAUCUACCAGCAAUUGGACUUUUAAAUACUUGGUUCCAGGACUGGUUUCAUUAGAUCCAAUUCAAGGAAUUAAAGAUGGUGGCAGAAUACUGACAUUAAAAGGGAGUAAACUACUGACUGGAAACCGUCACCGCAUGAAUGUGGAUCUUUUCAAUGAAGAGGGAAAAAUAACAUGUAACCUCAUAACUUCUUAUACACAUGUCAAGAAUAGCAGUGAGAUAAUCUGUAGUGUUGGAAGAUAUACUGGGAAACAACUUCCAUACCGACUCACAGGGGUCAAUGUCAGCUAUGAUGACAGUAGCUAUGUCUUAACUAAACAAAACGUCAAUUUUACCUUUGUGGAUAACCCAAGCAUACAGAUCGGGCGCUCACAGGCACUACGGAGUGGUGGAGUAGACAUGAACAUAACCGGGGAAAGAUUCAGAGCCGUCUCGGUCGUAAAAGUAGACAAGGUUUUAUGCAAGGUGGUAAGUGAUAACAAAGUGAAAUGCCCCGUUCCAGCAUACAAUUCGUCACGAAGUCGAAGACGCCGCAGCUCCACGACCUGUCCCUGUGGGCAGGUCUCAACCAUCCAUAUGGAUAACUAUGACUACCGUUUCUACAUGCAAUUCACAGAAAAUCCCACUAUCACCCCGUUUACAGACAUUGUGAGCUAUAAAGCAGGAGGUUUCCUUACAAUUGAGGGUGAGGACCUACUGCGUGGGGCAGUAGAGUCGGACUACAUGGUACAAGUCCAGUCUACCAAUUGUCAUGAUGUCAAGGUCAAUGCAAAUGGCACACUCAUCACCUUCAAACCACCCGACUUUUUGUCCGAGGGGAACGAAUACCAGGUGGAGGUAUUGGUUGGAACAAGUCUUCGUCAACAUGUGGGUAUUAUUUACUAUGAGAAGGACCUGACAACCAUCACAAUCAUUGCUGCAUUGGGGGGAACAUCGUUGGCCAUGUUGGUAUUGAUCAUUAUCUGUGUUAUACGCAGUCGUAGGAAGGAUAAGCAACUCAACAAGCUCAAGACAGACAUUGUAGAAAUGGAGAGCAACAUCAGAAACAAGAGCAGGGAAGUGUUUGCGGACAUGCAGAUGAGUAUGCAAGAUAUCAAAGGUGAUCUGGUGACCACCGGAAUCCCUUACUUUGACUACCACAACUAUUCCUUCCACACGCUCUUCCCCAAGCUCAAGGCAGGGGAGAGCAUCUACUACCAGGCGAGCGCCACGAUGUUCAUUCCUGAGCACCAAGUGGAGGACUUUGCAAAGCUAGCCCCUCGCAGUAUACUGUUAUUUGAGGAAUUGUUGAAGAACAAGUUCUUCCUUCAGUCUCUCAUUGGUACCCUAGAGCGACAGAACAAAUUCAGCGUCCAGGAGAAGGCAGAAUUUUCUUCAUUGCUGACCUUGACAUUGAUGGGAAAGAUGACCUACAUAUCAGAAGUGAUUGAAGAACUGCUGCAUCGACUCAUUGGUAGAGCCUCUCGUAAACAGCACCGAGUUCUGUUCAGAAGGUCCGACUCCAUCACACAGAAACUGCUGUCUAAUUGGCUGGCCCUGUCACUGUAUCCAUACCUUAAGGGUGGAGGAGGCCAGCAACUCUUCAUGUUGUACAAGGCCUCACAGACAGUAAUGGAAAAGGGUCCAAUCGACGCUGUUACUUUGCAGGCCAAAGAUACAUUGGCUGAGGAACGCCUCCUGAAGAUGGACCUGCAAUACGAGUCCCUAACAUUGGAGGUGGACUUGAAUGGCAGAAAGGAACUGCGCUACAUGUGUACAGUGCUGGACUGUGAUACCAUCACACAGGUCAAAGCCAAAUGUAUGUACAAAAUCUACAAAAACAAGGCAGCCUCUGAACUACAUUUUACACCCGAUGAGCUGGUCCUAGAGUGGCAUGCUGGGAAAGGUGGUAAAUUGGUGUUGAAUGACAUAGAUAGGACAAGUACAAAACGUGAGGGGUAUGUGUGCCGUAACACUCUCAAACACUACAAUGUUAAAGAUGGCAGUUGUAUGGCCCUACUGAUUUCUGAUGAGCCGGAUGAUCAGGAGCUUUAUUAUAAUACAGAAGCAACUUCAAUGAAUGAUGUUCUGUUGAGUGAGCAUAGUAUGACCAGUUAUAUGAGUAUGUCACCAGAGAAACAGUGGCACAUGGUAUUCCCUGAGGAAGAUGAAAAGGAAAGCAGGAGACAAGUACUCAUUGAAGAGCUGUACCUAAACAGACUGCUGCACACUAAGUUAACACUUAUGGAAUACAUAGAUGCUGUGUUUGAGAAUGUGUUGGAUGAGAAGCGUGUGCCACCAGUGGUUUGCUACCUGUUUAAGAUGUUUGAGAACAUAGCAAAGGAACACAAUGUGGAUCCUGACAUUGUGUCCCGUUGGAAAAGUGAAUGCUAUGCUAUGAGGAUCUGGUCGUUGUGGAUCAGUUGUCCAGACUUGCUUUUUGACAUCAUCCUGGCUAAGCAUGUCAUCCCCUGUCUGGAUGUCAUCAAGUCCAUGUUUAGUGAUGUAUUCUCCAGAACCGAUUCCAAGCUUAGCAAAGAUUCUUCCUCUGCGAAACUUUUGUUUGCAAAUGAAGUUCCUAAAUACCAAGGGGAAAUGCGGAAUUUUUACGACAAAGUUGGAUCAAGUUGUGAACCUGUCACAAGACAGAAGUUUGUGUCACUGAUGCAGGAAGUUUCACAGCAACAAACCCAGGAAAUCAAAGUGAAGAGACUGCCUGCUUUGAAGAAGCUUUUUGCCAUGGUCAAAAUAUUUUCUGAUGAGAUAAUAGCAGACCUGGAUGAGGAAGAAGAAACCAGAGAUCUAAAGCUGGGAGAGAAGUUUGAUAAUGUUAUCCAGCAGAUGGAUACGGAGAAUGUGUGAAUACCUCCAAAGGAAAACACACUUUUCACAGAAUCUCAUGGAAAUGGUUUGUGUAAAGAGACAAGAAUUCAUUGGGAAAGGAUCAGGUGACAGUAUUUCAUAGUGAAAAAAGCAAGUAUUCCGAAUACUUAAUUGUCACUGAAAACUGAACUGAAAAUACACAUGGAUCUGAACAUCUGUGAAUAAAACAUUAUACAUGCAAUAAUUAUAUAUAUAAAUUCAUAGAUUGGUGUUUUUUCGUUAAAAUGAAUGAAUUUAUAGAAUUAAUGAAAAUAAUUGAAAUCUCAUAAAUAGAGUUUACGCAUGUGAAUAGAAAGGAUAUAUUAAUUUUAAAUUUUGUUAUAGCAUUGUAGAAUUUCAAUCAGAAUGUUAAAUUGCAUUAAUCUUAUAACUAAAAACGAGACUGUGAGUUUAGUUAUGAGUUUGAGAUAUUUUAGAGAUACUGAUCCACGGAGAACAGUGAGACCAGUCAGAUAAACACUAGCAGUCAUACGACCAAGACCACCAAGACGUCCGACAUUCUGUUGGUUACAUAGGAAACUGCGGCACUGACUUUAAAAUUAACCCUCAUCAAUUAAGAUCACAAGUCUAAUAUAUCAUCACCUACAGGCUAAACAACUGGCUAAGGAGAUAUUGAGUGAGGAGGGAGGCAAAAAAGGCUUUGGAGCAAAGAUCUGAUCACCACUUUUACAUUUCAAUGUUUGCAUUCCCCAUGAAAGUUGAUUCUCCCUUUGUAAUUGUUUAAUCAAAGAGUGUAACCAUGAGUACUAGAUGUUGCAUAUGUAUGUGUUUUAUUUACAAAACCUUGGAAAGGUUGGUGCAGAUGUGUAGAUCUUAAAUCGGUAGAGGCGGUCAAAUACUUACCAAUUAAACUUGUGCCAUUAAAAUAUGUAUUUUUGUUUUGAACAUGAAAGACGCAUAUGAAAAUAGUUAUAUUGAGUUCAGUCAAGUAGAUGAGUGGUGACCUUAUUGUAUAUAUACCAUAUAUAGAUAUUUGUUUGCAAAUGUUAUCAUACAUGUGUCAUAUAUAGCUGCAUGAAUCAAUUUCACUAUAAUUUGUUUACACUUAUUGGUAUGUUCAUAUUUAAGAUUAUUUUGAAAAGAUUUUUUACAUGAUUAUAUAUUUGUUACAUUAGAGAGAUACCAUGAUACAGUUUUCAAAGUAUUAACACUUUUUGAUGAGAUUUUUGUUUGUAGAAAAGUGUUGUAUAUUUUUAUGCAAAGUAUAUAUAUAUAUAUGUCCUAGCCUCGACCUCACUCUCCGAGUCUGACUCAGAACUGGUAUAGUCAGGCCAGUCCACUGAAGAAGGGUAGUUAUUGAAAUAUCAGUUUAUUUCUCAUUCAUAUGUUAUGUACAGUAUUAUGUAUUUUUUAAUUGAUUACACUAGCAUUACUCACGGGUAAGAAAUUCAAAAAUGGACAGAUUUAGAUAAUUGAUGAAUAAAGUCACUUAUAAAGGGUUUCCUGUAUAUAGAGUGAAUGUUUAGAACACUAAUGAUAAGGUAGGCAUAUGAAGUAAAUAAUGAAGUUUAGAGAGUUGAUGAAAAUUCUUUUAAGAGUCUUUGAUGGAGAUUUAGAGUUGGACAGCUUAAAUGUUUGAUAAAUACUGUGUAAAAUUGAUGCUACAUUAUAUCAUAUAUCAUAUCAUAUAUCAUAUCAGUAUAUGACAGUAUAUUAUGUUAGUAUAAUGCAGACCAAAUAUGUAAUGGAUUUUUAAAUUUUUAUUGGCAAAUGUUUGAGAGUUUUCAUAGAGACUGAUCCAAUAAUGUCAGUCAUAAAACUUCAAGAGUCUCCUGUACACUGAUUCAAUUCAAGUCAGUAGCCAGGCUUCAAGAGUCUCCUAGAGACUGAUUCAAUUCAUGUCAGUUACCAGGCUUCAAGAGUCUCUCUUUGAGACGGAUCUAGUUCAUGUCAGUCACAAGGCUUCAAAAGUCACCUAGAGACUGAUUUAAUUAUAAGAUAAGUUACCAGGCUUCAAAUUCAAUUCAUAUGAUAAGUUAGCAGGCUUCAAAUGUUUCCUAGAGACUGAUCCAAUUCACAUCAGUUACCAGGCUUCAAAUGUCUCCUAGAGACUGAUCCAAUCCAUGUCAGUUACCAGGCUUCAAAUGUCUCCUAGAGACUGAUCAAAUUCACGUCAGAUACCAGGCUUCAAAUGUCUCCUAGAGACUGAUCAAAUUCACGUCAGUUACCAGGCUUCAAAUGUCUCCUAGAGACCGAUCCAAUUAAUGUCAGUUACCAGGCU